AUGGUCGGCAAACGCGAGCUUCACCGUGCUACUCCGGGUAACCAACACAACGGCAGACCGCUGUCCUCCCAAUCAGGCGACCUCGAGAGCGGACGUACAGAUCCUUGGAAGCCUCAGAAUGGUGAUUCUCGUCAAAAGCCAAAAACUUGGCGAUUUAAGGAUGCAGCAUCGACCGUCGUCGACGAUCAUCGCCGCGAGGAGUUGAAGAAGACGUUACUUACACAGAUCGACCGAGACUCCGUCGAGAAGAACCGUAAAUCCGAUGACGAGCUAAAGCAGAUCAAGAACAAGGCGGUCCGAAAGUACUACGAAAACCUCAAUGCACGGCUCAAUGACAUCCUCGAGGUGGACGCUGUCGUCAUGGCCGUCGCGGACGAUGCUAUCGACUCAAUGGACCCGGAUCCUGACCAUGACGGAAUCGCCGAACGAAGAGGUGGAAUUCAGGACGUGUCUGGACAUCUCGAAGAGCUCCUACCUGACGAUGAGAGAGAGAAGCGCCGGAACGCACAGAAGAAGGCGGGCUGGGCAAUCAACAUAAACGUCGUCGCCAACAUCUUGCUAUUGGUUGGAAAGAUCAUUGCGGCAUUCUCUUCGCCUUCGCUGUCUCUUAUGGCGUCGCUGGUUGACUCGGCUUUAGAUCUUCUCUGCACGUUAAUCGUCUGGACGACAAACCGGCUCGUGGCAUGGCGACUGAGUGCGCUCAAGAAGAAAUUCCCUGUUGGUCGCCGACGCCUUGAGCCGCUCGGCAUCCUUGUCUUCUCCAUCAUCAUGGUCAUAUCAUUCAUGUCAAUCCUCCAGGAGUCGGUACAGAAGCUCAUGCCUUUGAAGGGCGAGGCCGAGUCGUUACCUCCCAUCGCAAUCGCUGCUCUAGGCGCAACAGUGCUCAUCAAGGGUGUGAUCUGGUUCGGGUGCAAGCCCAUCAAAACGACACAGGUGCAGGCGCUGGCACAGGACUGCAAGACUGAUGUCAUCUUCAAUACGCUGUCGCUUCUGUUCCCGCUCGUCGGUUCGGCGGCAGGUGUUUGGUGGCUGGAUCCUGCUGGCGCUGGUAUUCUGUCCCUGUUCAUCAUUUAUGACUGGGGUUCAACGUGCUUUGAGAACAUUACCCGCCUCUCUGGCCAAGCGGCAGAAGAUGAUCUGAUCCGAAAGCUCCAUUACCUCGCAUGGCGCUUCUCGCCAGUGGUGGAAGGAUUCAAAUCUAUCAAGGCCUAUCACGCCGGCGACGGCAUCUGGACCGAGUUCGAUAUCCUCCUCGACCAGGAAACGAAGCUGUGUCACUCGCACGACGUCGCAGAGACUCUGCAGUAUUGUGCUGAGAGUCUGACCGAGGUCGAUCGCGCAUUCGUCACGGCCGAUUACAGUGCUGGUGGGCCUACAGGUCAUGCCGAAGAGUGA